AUGGGCGACCUUGCGCCCCAAAAGAGCCCGUUGGCCAACGACAUCCUCCUCGUCUUCCUUUCAUCACCGCGCAACGAGGAAUGGAUCAGCAGAGUCGAGUCAAACUACCCGGGCCUCCAGGUCCGCUGGGCCAACAACCACCUGCCGGACGGCCGCUUCCUGUUGCCGGAUGAGCUGCCCGAUGAGGUCUGGGACGGCGUCACGAUGAUCAUCAGCUUCAAUCCCCCGUCGCUCGAACGACUCAAGAACGUCCGCUUCGUGCAGUUGACAUCUGCGGGCGCUGACAAAUGGCGCGAUCACCCGGUGUACAAGAACCCAGACAUUCCGUUUUGCACGACCAAUGGAUGCCAUCCUCCUCAAAUUGCAGAGUGGGUGAUCGGCAGCUGGCUCGCCAGCCAGCACCACUUCCUGCGUUACGCAGAGAACCAAAAGCAAGGCUUCUGGGAGGGACCGAUGGCCGUCGACUUUGAGGACUCAGUCGGCCUGCGCAUGGGAAUUCUCGGCUACGGAGCCAUCGGUCGCCAGUGCGGAAAGAUUGCGCAGGCCAUGGGUAUGGAGGUAUACGCCUUCACGCGCAGUGAGAAGGCGACCCUCGAGUCUCGCAAAGAUGACAGCUACGUUGUCCCCGGCACCGGAGACCCAGACGGCCUCGUCCCCUCGAAAUGGUUCCACGGCGCUUCCAAGGAGGCCGUCAACAACUUUCUUGCGCAAGACCUCGAUCUUUUGGUCAUUGGCAUGCCGCUGACUUCAGAAACGACUGGACUCAUUGGAAAGGAGCAAUUUGAGAUUUUGUCCAAGAAGAAGACUUUUGUUUCGAACAUCGCCAGAGGGCCUCUAAUUCAGACAGAUGCGCUGAUAGAGGCGCUUGAGACUGGCAAGAUCAGGGCUGCCGCUUUGGAUGUGACGGAUCCCGAGCCGCUGCCGAAGGACCACCCCCUGUGGAAGGCACCGAAUGUUUUCAUCACCCCUCAUGACGGUGUUACCAAACUUAUCCACUACAUUUGGAUCCGCCCCCGCUUCCAAAAGAAGCCGCGCAAUUUUCUCGUUGCCAGAUUCCGCAGCUUCGUGGAGUGCAGUUCUACCUGUAUGGCUGUCGGCGAUGUUCACCUUGGCGCCAUGUUCCAGGAGGAACUGCACUCCGUCCUCAUACCCAAUCUGCGCAGCAGCUUUGUGCAGGACGGUCUGGCCGGAAUCAUCACGAUGGUUGACCUCAGCGCCGUACUCGAGAAGCAGACGGACGAACUCAAGCUCCUUGGACCCCACAGCCGACCACAAAGCAGUUUGGUUCCUAGAUUCCUCUGUGAGGUUAGCAUCGGCACCGCCCUCGAGAAGAAGUUUCGCCAUCUCUAA